AUGUCUAAACAAACGUUUGAUGUUCUUUGUCGCGAGGUUGGUCCGUAUAUUGCAGGGAAAAUAACACACCUAAGGACCCCAAUUUCGGUUGAGAAACAGAUUGCAGUAACUUUGUAUUAUUUGUCGGAUGGUGGAAGAAUGAGGAAAACUGCAAAUGCGUUUGGUAUAGCACAGUGUACAGUCUCAAUAAUCGUCAAACGAGUAACUCGGGCUAUAUCAAUAAACAAAGCGGGUACAUAUGUGAAAGCGCCUUCAACAGAAGAAGUCAAUACAUCUGCAUCAAUACAUCUGCAGCAAACUUUUUUCCCCCAGUGUAUAGGUGCAGUCGACGGGACACAUAUUCCAAUAAGAAAACCGAAAGAAGACCCAACAUCAUAUGUAAACAGAAAAGGAUACCAUAGCAUUAACGUUCAGGCUUGUGUGAAUUAUAGAUACUGUUUUUUUGAUGUAGUAAUAAAAUGGCCUGGUAGUGUGCAUGAUGCACGUAUGUUUGGUAACUCAGCAAUAAAUACUAAGUUAAGGGAUGGGGUUAUACCACCAUGUAAGAAGUCUAUCGUUGAUGGUGAACAAGAUGUACCAAUAUGCAUUCUUGGUGAUCCUGCCUACCCACUACUGCCAUAUUUAAUGAAAGAGUUCGCUAAAGGUGGUAGCACCCCUCAACAACAAUUCUUUGGGUACCGCCUAUCAUCCUCAAGAAUGGUUGUUGAGUGUGCUUUUGGUAGGCUGAAAGCACGGUUUGGUAUUCUGCGACGGCCCAUGGAUCUAAGCUUAGACAACAUCAUCACAACAAUCCAUGCUUGUUUCAUUUUAAAUAAUUUUUGUGAGAUACACAAUGAAACAGUUGGCGAUGAACUUAUUAGGGCAGUUCAGAGGUAUGACCAAGAGUUUCAACCUCCAAGUCAUGUGGGUAAUGCAGUUGUCCAUAACAAUGAAAGGGGUGGAAAAGCAAUUAGGAAUGUUUUCAUGAAGUACUUUGAAUAA